AUGAGGAUCCGCAAGUCCACUCGCAAGGUGGCGCCGCCGCCACCCGACGUCGACAGGCUCAUCAAGCGGAUCACAGCCUCGACAGACGAAGACCUCGUCAGCGUCCUUCGUCCAGUCCAGAUAUGGCGUUUUGCUCGUGGUGACAUGCACGCAUGGGUGUCUGUUACCCAGCAGCUUGUCCGUAUCCUUACCAACAUGCGUGACCGUUACGCCUUCGGCGCAGGCAGCAAGACGGCAUGCAAGCUGCAGCUGGGCGAGUUCACACCAGAGGACAAGGACCUCGUGCUCGAGUGUCUGCGCUUCAUCCGUCUCCUUAUGGAGAAUUGCACGAACCGCAAGCUGUUUGAGGGCUACGAUGUCAUCAACGAUCUCCUACUCACCAACGACCUCGACGUCCUCGAGGCCGCCCUCUUCGUGCUCCUGCGCCCCCUCCAGCAGUACUUGAACAACAUGCCGACCUCUUCCGAGCUCAGCAGCAGUAUCCGUGCGCGCCUGCUCGCUCUCAGCCGCGGCUGGGACCGUCUUGCGCUCGGCGGCACCGACCUCGUGGCGUACGCGUCCAGCGAGCAGCCCCUCGAGCUCAGCGACGAUGUCGCCCAGCUCCAGCUCCAGUUCUACCCGCCUAUCGACGCCGUGUCGGCUCCCCCAGCACUGGACUUGUCCCCCGUCAAGCCCACGCACCACCUCUCGACACAUGGCAGCGCUCUGGAAACACCCACAAGGCCGACUCUCGCCACCGCCCGUUCCGAGUCGCGGGUGGCGGUUACGCCCCUCCCUGCCAAGGUCGCACCUGCCGUCGACAGCACCAUGGUCACUGUGGAUUUGGGCAAUGUCGCAGAGACCAUGCCCAGCGACUACCUCGCCCGCCUCAACAAGCUCGCAGACGAGUACCGCAUGGAGACGGACGACCAGCUCUCGGCUCUGAACAAGAUCCGCGUUAUCGUGCUCACAAAGGACCGCGACGUCCGUCGUCAGCUGCUCAGCUGCCGCCUCAUGGCGCUCGCAUGCUUUACCAACUUUUCAACAGAAGAGGCUGUGCAGUCUAGCAUCUUCCUGUACGAGCCCGAGCUCGUCAACCAGAUGGCCGAGCUGCUGAUCCUCGAGAGGGGUGUGGGUGACAGUGUCGCCGCCUCUGCCAUCCUUGCCCUCGACUCUGCAAGCAGGCACCGCCAAGAGGUUCUCACCUCUAUCAACGCCCAUGUCAGCCACGGUAUCAUUAUGAACCUGCUCCGUAGCGUUGCGCACAAGCUCUCGCAGGGCGAAGAGGUUCACCACGAGCUUGUCGACGCUCUCAUUGGUUUUGUCGCGUACAUCAACCAGAUCCCCUUCAACGGCAACCUCCUCGUUGGAGCCGGUCUCAUCCCCGUCCUCCUCGAGAUGCUCGACACUAAGGGCGACCGCCGUGUCCUGUACAUUCCCAGGGCGUGCGGUCUGCUCGACUCGGCUCUGUACCAGCACCCUCUCGCCCAGAACGCUUUCACUGCCGCCGACGGCCUGAACGUGUUCGUCAGCAAGAUUAGGGCCGAGAUCCAGAUGAUCCAGGCCGAGCCCAUCCCCGAGGACAAUGAACUCGAGUCCCGCGACUCGCUCAUUGCCUUCAACACCCAGGGCCUCAAGGCUGAGCUCCGCUCCAUCUACCGCAUGCUCCAGAGCCCAGGCGGCACAGAGGCGUUCCGCAACGUCGUCGACUCUGACCUCCCCAAGUCUCUCAAGCGCAUCUUCACCAACGGAGAGCCGUUUGGCGCUCGCAACUACAGUGUCGCCAUCAACAUCAUGUCGACCAUUGUCCACAACGAGCCCACCUCGCUCAGCAUUCUACAGGAGAUGCAGCUGCCCCAGACUCUUUACAAGGAGCUCGAGGCCAACAUGCCCGACACUUUCGAGGUCGCCUACGCCCUCCCCACGGCCAUUGGUGCCAUUUGUCUCAACGGUCCUGGUCUUCAGGAUACCCUUGACCACUUUGACGUCGUCAGCAACCUUAUCAAGGUCGCCAUCGCGUGGAAGGUUGAGGAGAACGAGCGCGACAACGUGGCUACCAUUGGCGCCGCUCUUGACGAGCUCAUUCGCCACCACCCCCAGCUCCGCCCCAAGCUCCUCGAGUCGGUCAUGGGCAUCCUCCGCGAGGCUAUCGAGGCUGGAGAGCAGUUCCGCCCCUCGCCCUCCGAGGUCAACGAGUACGCCGUCGACCCGGCCACCGUCGACACUUCGAUGGAGGUCGACAUGUCCGCUAGCCAGGACGUGACUGGCGCAACCAUGAACGCGCCCCUGACCAAGCUCACCAACAUUCUCAAGCUCCUUACUGGUCUGCUCCGCAACUCGACCAUGUGCCGCGACUUUAUCAAGGACGGCGGUCUCGACCUCGUCCUUUGCAUUGCCGACCUGCCCUGUAUCCCCGUGCGCUUCUCGCCCACAGAGGCUGCCGUGGCUAUCCCCGCCGUCCUCCGUGCUAUCGGUGAACACGACCACAUCCAGCUCACCGAGCGCAUGGUCAAGGCCGUCAAGGAGGACCUCGAAAGGCUCCCUGAGCUCUGGAAGGACGACAAUGCCCGCUCGUACUGGUGGGCCAUGUUGAGCGAAGACGGUACGACAGACGACCACGCGCGUCUCCGCCGCGCCGCCGGUCUUGCUAUGCGUCUCUCGUUCCUCAGCGAGUACCUCAGCCUUCCCUUUGGCAGCCAGCGCACCGGCACUGCGCUCAUCAAGACCCUUGGUGUCACUUCGGGCUCGGAUCUGGUCUCCAACCUCGGUCUCCUGCACCGUGUUGCCCUCCAGGAGCACGUCAUCAUGAAGAGCUACAAGGCGGACAAGCCCGCCGAGGACGCUCCCGUUGCGGAUGCUCCUGCUGCUGCUCCCAGCACUGAGACUCCUGCUGAGGGCGCCUCUGCCGAGGCGUCCACCGCGGCAGGUGCUGAGCUCCCCGUCAACCCGACCAUCCAGGUUGUCGAGGCCAGCACCGAAGAGACCUCGCCCACGGACGUGGCCAAGAAGGUGCCACCUACCCGUGCCGGCACCGUCAAGACGCUUGUGACGCGUAUCCAUGCCAUUCUGACCAAGUUCUUCAAGGCCUCUAUCCGUCUCAUCUACAACAAACGCAUGCCCGAGGCUGCUUACAAGCAGGAGUCGGCAGCGCUUGCAGAGGUUGUUUCGGAUAUCAUUAUCGGCCAUCUGACUUUCCCCGAGCACGCAUUCGGGAUCGACACUGUGUCGCUUGGCCUCUCCACCAUUCUUCUCUUUGAUGAACGCGGAGCCGAGGGAUACAUCUCUACCACUCUGUUCAUUCCGUUCGAUAAGAAGGGGGGCAUGGGCGUCAUGCUCGGCAACAUUCGCCGUAUCGUGGCUCAGCUAGACAAGAUGCCCGACGUCCCCACCGAGGAGCGUACCACCCAGCAGAGGGACCAGAUCGCCCAAUGCCACGCCGGUAUCCGCAUCGUUGUUUCUGUGCUCAACGCGUUUGCGUCGCCCCGCUCCAUCAUCGAGAGCCCCCAAACCCACGUCAUUGAGCAGCGCGAAAUGUCGCUUCCUGCCAACAAGCGCUUCUCGUCCAUGAACACGUUUGUGCGCAUUCGUCGCGACAUUCUGCCCAUUUCGCGCCACAUCUGGAUGGCCGAGUGGCUGCCAACGCUCCCUCACAACAUGCUCCGCCUCGCCAUCGCUACCUUCCUCGAGAUCAUGGCAGGACAGCACGAGGAGGUCGAGGCGCGCGUCCCGAUGCCCGAGCCGGAGCAGCCUGCUGUCGUCCGCCCUGCCUUCCACACCCGCCCCCAGCUCACCGCCGACCCGGCGCGUGUCGCGCAGCUUGUCGACAUGGGCUUUGGCCGCAACUCGGCCGAGCGCGCUCUCCUGCGUGCCCGUAACAACGUUGCCACCGCCACGGACCUGCUCCUGAGCAUGCCCCACUUGUUCCCCGAAGAGCCCACCACUCCCGCUGAGCCUGAGGCUGCUGCCGGCGAUGCAGCUGCUGCUGCUCCUGGCGCCGAAGCGUCCGCGGCCGCUCCCGGCGACGCACCAACGACUACUGUCACCACCCCGCCAAACGAGGAGACUGGCGCCCCCUCUGCUGCCGAGGCGUCAUCCAGCGCAGAGGCCCGCGAGGCUGCCAUGGACGUUGACCCCGUGCCCAGUCCCUCGACCGUGUACGAGUCUCAGCGCGAAGAGCUCAAGAAGCUCCGCCACGAGGCCAGGCCCGACCUUGCCCCGCGCGCGCUUCAGCUCCUUGACCGCGUCGAGGACCUUGUCAACGACCUCUUGCCAGCCUUCCCGUCUGGUGUUGAGGGUGCCAACUUUGUCAUUGACCGCAUCGAUGAGGCUAGCAAGGAGGAGCCCCGCCGCAACGGUGCCAUCUCGGCUCGUCUGCGCUUGUUCUGUGUCUUUGCUCGCAAGCCCCCUCCCAUCGAGCUCCCCGUCGCCGACAGCAAGCGUGCCAUGGAGACUAUCAUGGCUCUCAACGUCGACACUGCGACCCCGCACCCGACGUACCUCGCCACAUACCUCCUUGCUGCCGAGUCCAUCUUCUUGAUGGCCUACACCGUCAAGGACGCCAAGCUUGGUGACGAGGAGCCCAUCCCCGUGGUCCGCGCCGCCGACUUUGGCGAUGCACCCGACCGCCUUCUCCAGAUCUGCCACAACACGCUUUCUGCCGAAAACGUCAGCCGCGAGGAAAUGAUGUCGGUGCUUCGCCUCACCACCAUCCUCACGCGCCACGACACGAAGCGUUGUGGACCCGAGCUCGUCUCGCACGUCCUGUCCGCGUUCAAGAAGGCCGAUUCCAAGCUCGCCGGCUGCCAGCCGUUCCUUGCCAUGAUCGCGCGCCACGCGUUUGACACCAAGGACACGCUCCGCGACGUCAUGCGCCGCGAGAUUCGCGAGUGGAUGACCCCUCAGCGCAACAAGGUGACCGACGUCAACCACUUUGUCCGUCAGCUUCGCCAGAUGGCGUUCCGUGACCCCGAGUCGUUCAUGGACGCCGUCUCGCACGAGUGCGCGCUCGUGUCACCCAGCCCGCCCCAGUCUGUUUACCACGUCCGCGCCAUUGACCAAGCCACCACUGAGGAGGGCAAGGGCAAGGGCAAGGAGGGCAAGGGCAAGGACCAGGAUGGCAAGGACAUCGCCAAGGACAAGGAGACUGGCCCCGCCGCCAACGACCCCUUCAAGAGUUCCACUCUGGACACGUUUGAGACCCACCCCGUCAUGGACGUGCUCCUCGGCGAGCUUGGCAAGUCUAUGCGUAUCAUCCAGCAAGAGGAGGCCGCCAAGCGUGCCGGCACUGAGCGCUCGGCCGAGGCCACCCAGGCUGCCACACAGGCUGCCGCCGAGGCCUACGCCUACGCCGGCCUGAUCAUCUCGCUCAUCACCGAGCUUGUUGGAUCGUACUUUUCCGCCAAGAAGGCCUUCGUCGCUGGUCUCCGCCACGGCGCCCUCUACGGUGCCGGCAAGGGCAAGGUUGGCAUCGCUGCCAUCAUUUCCGACUUUAUCUGCUGCGUGACUCUUGGAGACGUGCAGGAGAAGAUCAGCGGUUCCAACGGUGCUGACGAGGUUCGCCGCCUGUCGCUUUCGAGCUGGGCGUCGUCCCUCGUUGUCGCCCUUUGCGCCCACCUCACCCCUACGACCGACCUCAAGGAGGUCCCCGAGGACCUCAGUGCGGUCCGCAAGGCUGUCCUGGACGGCAUCGCCAAGGCCCUCAAGGACAGCACGCACUCGCACCUUGACCUGAACUCGCGCUACGGCCGUCUCUGGGCGCUGGGCGAGCUCAUUUUCCGUCUCUUGACUGCCCGCCCGUCCGUCAUCCCGCGCCCCACCGACGACUCGAGCCUGCACCUCGCCAAGACCAUGCUCGAGAAGAACUUUGUCAGCCUCAUGACCUCGGCCGUGUCCGAGAUUGACCUCAACUAUCCCGACAUUCGCAACGUCCUCAUCUCGCUGCUCAAGGCUCUUGAGCACCUCACCAAAAUCUCCAUCAAGUGGGGCAAGAGCGACAAGAAGAAGGACGGCGAGGAACAAGGCGUCGACGACCAAGAGGAGCACCACGAUGACUCGGAGACCGACGACGAAUCCGACGUGACCAUGAGCGACGACGACGGCGACCAGACGCCCGACCUCUACCGCAACUCUGCUCUCGGGAUCCUCGGCGGCGACAUGGAUGAUGAUGUCGACGAGGACAUGGAUGAGGAGGACAUGGAGGACGAGGAGGACCUCAUGGAGGCCUUCGUCGACGACAUGGACCACGACAUGGACGACGACGAGCAGGACACCGAGCCUUCCGAUGACGACGAUGAUGAUGAUGAUGGCGACGAAGACGACAUGGAGGGCGACUGGUCGACUGAGGACGACGGUGAGGACCAUGACGAGGACGAGCCUGUCGUCGAGAUUGGUGCCGAACUCGAGGACAUGGAGGACGGCGUCCCAUGGGACGAGGAGGGAAUGAUGGAGGGAGACGACCAGGAGUUUGACUCUGAGGGGGAAGAGGAGGACGGCUUCAUGGAGAAUGAAUUCGUCGCUGGCCUCGACAUGGAGGACGGUGAGGAUGAGAUGGACGACUACGACGAGGAUGGCGAGGGCUACGACGAGAUUGACGUUAUGGACGGUCUUCCUGGCUCUAACGGCAUGCGCCACCACUCUAGCGGCCGCAGCGCCGCCAUGGGCCACUGGGGCUGGCAGGAGCCCACGCUUUCCUCUGAGAUCCGCGGCCGCCCCAGCCUUCGCGACGACAUCGCCGCUGCUUCUCUCUUUGGCCUCCCUCCACGUACCUCGGCCGACAACACCCAGCACCCGCUUCUUGCUGGUUCGCGCGGUUCGGCCAUUCCUGGUCGUACAUCCACCAACCCUUUCGGCUCGCUCUCCAACCUCAACGACCUCAUCGCCAGCAUUGAGGGUCUUGGUGGUCCCCAGGCCGUGCAGUUCCUUGAGAACAUUGUCCACCACAGCCGCCACGCCGGCGCCGAGACUAUCCGCGUCGACCUGGCCCACCGUCAGGACGGCGGCUUUGGUCUUUCGAUUGGCGGCCGUUCGUUCAACGUUGCGCCUCCCUCGAGCCCCCGUCUCCCCUCGACCCCCGAGGAGCUCCAGAUGGAGUACAAGCCCCGCCCGACUCUGCAGCGCUGGCUUGAGGAGGCCAACUUCUUCCCCUACUCGUCCGCCGAGCAGAUUGCUCUCCUUGUCGUUCACCUCAUCAACCGCCUCAUGCCCGCCGCCCGCAAGGUCGCUGAGGAGGAGGCUGAGCGUCAACGCAAGGCGGACGAGGAGGCCGCCGCCGCCGAGGCCAAGCGCCGUGAGGAGGAGGCUGCUCUCCCGACGACCAUCCCCCUGCCCGACACCCGUCCCACUUCUGCGCUUGCUGGAAGCAGUAGCGACAUUGGCGACGAGGACAUUGAGAUGGCGUUUGAUGACGAGGAUGACGAUGAAGAUGACUCGGAAGACGAUGACGACGAGUCGUCGGAAGGCGACGAGGAAGGUGAUGAGGCCGAGGAGCCUGCUGGUCCCCGCGUCACCAUUGUGAUCCACGGCGAAGAGGUGGACAUCACCGACACUGGCAUCGACCUCGAGUUCCUGCAAGCUCUUCCAGAGGACAUGCGCGCCGACGUUGUCGAGCAGCACCUCCGCGAGCAGAACCGCCUCACUCAGCCCGCUGCGUCCAACGUGCCGUCGUCGUCGCAGAUCAACGCCGAGUUCCUCAACGCGUUGCCUCCCGACAUUCGUGCCGAGGUUAUCAUGCAAGAGUCGAUCGACCACUCGCGUCGCCAGCCCCGCAUCGAGCGCGACAUGUUCAGCGCCGCCAACCCCGUCCCGGCCGACCUGCCUGCCGAGUUGCGCGACAUGAUCUCUGGCCCUGCCAGCGACCUGCUCAACAUGCUUGCCCGCGACAUUGGUCUGCCGCCUCCACCCGGAAUUGCGGCUGCCAUUGCCAUGCCCGCACCUCCGCGUGUCAAGCGCGACGCCAUCCAGCUGCUCGACAAGCCCGGAAUCGCAUCCCUCGUUCGCCUCCUCUUCUUCCCCGAGGCUCUCCGCAAGGGCUACCUCCUGCGCACGCUUGUUCACCUGUGUGAAAACUCCAAGACACGCGUCGACCUGCUCAACCUGUUGCUCUCGAUCGUCCAGGACGGCUCGGGCGACCUGCCCGCUGUCGACCGCAGCUUCCAGCAGAUGUCGCUCCGUGGCCUCGCUGCCACCCCCAAGGCUGCCGCCCAGACGCCCAAGGGCAAGGAGGUCCAGACCCCCGGAACCGCCCUCACCAGCGGCCUGUUCACGCACCUGCAAAACGACCACAUCCCGACCUUUAUCGCCCAACGCUGCUUCGAGGCGCUGUCGUACAUUGUCGGCUCAAACCACCAGGCCGUCACGUACUUCCUCACCGAGCACGAGCAGCCCGUGGGUCUCCGCAAGCCCAUCUCCAAGAAGGGCAAGGGUAAGGAGAAGUUCCUCCCGCAGACCAAGUUCCCGAUCGUCAUCCUUAUCGGCCUUCUUGACCGCCCCAACCUUCUCAAGACGCCCGGCAUGAUGGAGUCGCUCACUGGUCUACUUGCGGCUAUCACCAAGCCCCUCGCUACCCUCGCGAACAAGGACAAGGACCCCAAGGCCAUCACUGACGCUGCUGAAGCAGAGGCCGCAAAGCCUCCUGCCGAUAAUGCUGCUGAAGGCGCCCCUGCUUCGACCGUGACCGCCCCGGCAGCCGCUGGAUCUGCGCCUCCUGCUGUCCCGAGCGCCACCGCGACUGGCCCAGAGGCAGCGGCCGCUGACGGUGCACCCUCGACUGCCGUGGCCACGACCAAGCCGGCCGUCCCCGAGCUCAAGGCGCCCGUCAUCCCCAACUCGGUUCUCCGCCUUGUUGUCAACUGCCUCACCAUUGGCGACUGCUCGAGCCGUACUUUCAGCCAGACCCUUGUUGUGCUUCAGAACCUCUCGUGCAUCCCCAACGCCAAGGCGAUUCUCGUCGAGGAGCUUUGCACUCGUUCACAGCAGCUCGGCGCCACCAUCCAGGAGGAGCUCAAGGAGCUCGCCACGGUCCUCGCUGACAAGGACCACGAGCUGUCCCCCACGGUGCUUGCCAAGUUCUCGCCCGCUAGCUCGAGCCAGGCCCAGCUCCUUCGUCUCCUCAAGACGCUCGACUAUCUCUACUCGCGCAAGGCCACCGAGGCGAACAAGAACCGCGGCGAGCUCUCCGAGAGCGAACAGCAGGCUCUUGACAUCUACCAGAAGUUUGACUUCUCCAACAUGUGGAGGCAGCUUGGAGACUGCCUGACCCUUGCCGAGGAGCGUGAGAGCACCGAGCAGAUUGCCGCUGUGCUCCUCCCACUUGUCGAGGCGCUCAUGGUCGUGUCAAAGCACACGCAAACGACCCCUGCGGCCGACGCCAUGUCGCCGCUCCUGUCGCCCACAACCCCGCCCCCGACCGACCUGUUCUUCUCGUUUACGACUACACACCGCAAGGUGCUGAACGCCAUUGUCCGCAACAACCCGUCGCUCAUGAACGGCUCGUUCUCGCUGCUCAUUGCCAACCCUCGCGUGCUCGAGUUUGACAACAAGCGCAACUGGUUCUUCCUCAAGCUCAAGCGCAAGCGCGACCAGCUUGCCUACCCCACCUUGCACCUCAACGUCCGCAGGCAGUACGUCUUCCAGGACUCGUUCUCGGCCCUCCUCCAUCGUCCCGGUGACGAGGUCAAGUACGGCAAGAUCAACGUCAAGUUCAUCAACGAGGACGGUGUCGACGCUGGUGGUGUCACUCGCGAGUGGUUCCAUGUGCUCGCACAGCAGAUCUUUGACCCCAACUUUGCCCUGUUUGAGCCAUGUGCCGCCGACAAGCAGACGUACCAGCCCAACAAGCACUCGUCGGUCGUCGACGACCACCUGUCAUUCUUCAAGUUUGUCGGCCGCGUUAUCGGCAAGGCCAUCUUUGACAGUCGCCUGCUUGAUGCCUACUUUUCUCGCGCGUUCUACAAGCAGAUCCUCGGCCGCUCGGUCGACAUGCGUGACCUCGAGAGUGUGGACCCGGAGUUCCACAAGUCGCUCCAGUGGAUGCUCGACAAUGACAUUACCGACAUUAUUGACCAAGAGUUCACUAUUGAGGACGACUCGUUUGGUGAGAAGAAGAUUGUCGAGCUCAAGCCCGGCGGUACCACCAUCCCCGUCACCGAGGAGAACAAGGCCGAAUACGUUCGCCUCGUCUGCGCGUACCGCAUGGAGAACUCGAUCAAGGAACAGAUGAACGCCUUCCUUACCGGAUUCUACGAGAUCAUCCCCCGCCACUUCAUCCAGAUCUUCGAGCCCGACCAGCUUGAACUCCUCAUUUCGGGUAUUACCACCAUUGACGUUGACGAGCUCAAGAAUUCGACACAGAUGAGCGGCUGGAAGUCUAGCGACCCGGAGAUUUCGUGGUUCUGGCGCGCUCUCCGCAGCUUCUCGCAGGAGGAACGCUCGCGCUUCCUCAUGUUCGUCACCUCGUCGUCGCGUGUGCCCCUUGGCGGCUUUAGCCAGCUGCAAGGCAGCUCUGGAACGCAGCCGUUCCAGAUCCAGAAGCUCUACGGCAAGGAAGGUAUCCUGCCUCAAGCAAGUACCUGCUUCAACCUCCUCCUCUUGCCAAAGUACACCUCAUACGAGCACCUCCGCGAACGUCUCCUGUUCGCAGUGACUGAGACGAGUGGCUUCGGAAAGGCGUAA